AUGCACUUCAACUCGCUCCUCACUCUGGCUUCUGCCGUCGGCCUCGCCAGCGUCGCUGCCGCCGGAGACGCCCACUCCAACCUGGACUGGUACGGCCCGAAGCAGACUCACACGCAGGUGUGCGGCCACCCCGGUGACGAGCACCCCCAGAACUGCGACGACUUCUACAACGACGUCCGCGACGAGCUGCACAAGAAAGUCAUGGACACCUGCAAGGAAACGUCGUGCUCCGGCUCCUUCAAGCACUACCACUUCCAGGUCACCGUCGAGGCCGUCUUCCCGCCUGAGGCCAAGAGCGAGUUCGACCAGCAGAUGGGCAACAUCAUCGGCAAGAUGCUCACCCACGAGAACCAAAAGGCCAUCACCCCGACCCCGAUCGAGACCAAGUUCACCAUCCCCAGCAAGAUGAUCCUCAACCGCUUCGGCGACGGCAACGAGAAGGGCCAUCUGGAAAUGACGGCCACUGUCAAGGAUGAGGACGGCCUCUGCGAGCUCUUUCAGAAGAUUGGUACCGCCGGCAGCGUGAUUCCCGAAGUUGGCCCCUUCUUCGGCUUGAUCAACUUGGCUGACUGCUAA